AUGGCAUAUUUGACAGAGAAAAUAAAUAAUAAUAUAAAAAUUGAAGAACAUAAUAUGAGUGAUAAUAAAAAUAGUUUAAAAAAAAAUAUUAGUGAAGAUAAAGAAAUUACAUUCACAUUAGAAGAGAAUAAAGAUUUAAUAAAUAAUAAAGAUACAUAUACAAACGAAAACAACAAAGUAGAAGAUAAAAAAUACAUAAAUAAAGAAAACAUAAUAAAUAACGAAAACAUGUUAAAUGAAAAAAGUGAAGAAAAAGUAAAAAUUAAUAAUGAUAAAAACAUUGAAAGUGAAAAUUAUAAAUCACCUGAAUCAUUAAUAAGCGAUAAUAAUUCUUCUGAUAAUUUAAAAAAAGAUAUGAAAGAUAUUGAUAUAGGAGAUGGAACAAAAGAUAAAAAUGAAGAAAAGGAGAAUAAAGAAGAUGAUACAUCAAAAAAAAAUAUUAGUAUUGAAUUGCUAAAAAUUUGUGAUGCUUUAAAAAAUAUAGGAAAUAAGUAUUUUAAGGAAAAUAACUAUAUUGUUUCUUUAAAAUAUUAUACAGAAGCCAUUAAUUUAAUAAAAAAAUUUUUUGAUGAUACUCAUGUAGAACUAUUAAAACAAAUAAGUAUUGAUAAUUUACAGAAUGAAAUAAAUGUAGAUGAAUCAGAUAAAGAUAUACUUAAAGAAUUUUACACCAAAAGUGUUGUUUCUAAAAAAAAUGAUUUUAUAAGUAUAAAAGAAACUGAUCUUUACAUUUAUUACACAAAUAGAUCUUUUUGCCACAUGAAAUUAGAAAGUUAUGGUUUAUCCAUUCAAGAUAUUGAUGAAGCAAUAAAACUUAAUCCUUUUUAUGCAAAAGCUUAUUAUAGAAAAGGGUGCUCUUAUUUAUUACUAUCUGAUUUAAAAAGUGCUUCAGAAUGUUUUCAAAAGGUACUAAAAUUAACUAAGGAUAAAAAUUCAGAAAUAAAAUUAAAGCAAUGUAAAAAGCUUUUAUUUGAACAACAUUUUCAGAAAGCCAUAGAAUUAGAACAAAAAAUGCCAUACUAUCAGACAUUAGUAUUAGAUUCUCUUAAAAUAGAAAAUAAUGAUGCUCCUAUAUAUGACAGAAAUAAUUUAAAUAUAGAUUUUCUGAAAAAGGUAGUGGACUAUAUAAGUGUACCAAAUCAAAAAUUAAAUAAAAAAUGUGUAUGUGCAAUAGUUUUAGAUGUAAUUAAACUCCUAAAAGAACUACCAACUUUAGUUUAUUUAAAUUUACAACCAGAUGAAACUUUAACUAUAUGUGGAGAUAUACAUGGGCAAUUUUAUGAUUUAUUAAAUAUCAUGAAUAUAAAUGGUUAUCCAUCAGAGAAGAACUCUUAUUUAUUUAAUGGAGAUUUUGUAGAUAGAGGAAGCUUUUCUGUAGAGGUAAUUAUCUUUUUAUAUUUGGCGAAACUAAUAUUUCCAAAUAAUGUUCAUUUAACUAGAGGAAAUCAUGAAACAGAUAAUAUGAAUAAAUUAUAUGGAUUUUUAGGAGAAUUACAAGAAAAAUAUGAUGAUAAAUUACAUGCAUUAUUUUCUGAUUCAUUUAAAUUUCUACCAUUGGCAUAUGUAUUAAACAAAACGAUUUUUAUAUGUCAUGGUGGAAUACCAAGUAAAACAGAUACAACUCUGGAAGAUAUUCAAAAAAUUGAUAGAAAUACAGAACCUUUAGAUGAAGGAGUAAUGACAGAUUUACUUUGGUCAGAUCCAAAUGAAGAGAAAGGAUUUAAACCAUCUAAAAGAGGAAUAGGGUUUUCUUUUGGUACUGAUAUUACUGAAAAUUUUUUAAAAAAAAAUAAUUUAAGUCUUAUUAUUCGAUCUCAUGAGGUAAGAGACGAAGGAUAUUCAAUUGAGCAAAAUGGAAUGUUAUAUACAGUUUUCAGUGCCCCUAAUUAUUGUGAUAUUAUGAAAAACAAAGGAGCAUUUUUAAAAUUCAAAGGCAAUUCAAUUAAACCCGAAUGUGUAACAUUUACUGAAGUAAAGCAUCCUGAUGUUCCAUCUCUUAAAUAUGCCCAUAAUUUAUAUCAAAAUAUUUAA